AAUAAAUAAAAAACAGCGACAGCGACCGAGCUAUAAAAGCGAAUCCCAGCCUCCGGCUUGGAUUCAGACGCGCACAAUCGAGCGAGUGACCAUUACUCCCAACGGAAGUGAACAAUCAAGUGAAAGCGAGCCGCAAACUCAUCUGCGGAGAAUUGCCGGCAUCUUGCAUAACUGAUAAAUAAGACAUCCAAACAGAAUGCAAUCCAUGGCCAGACAAGCGGCGCGAGCCCUUCCCCAGAUGGGCAAACAAGUGAGCUGUCUUUCGACGAGCGGGGCCUGGAGGACGGCCGCCGGGGGCGGCGAUAUGGUGGUGGAGAUCAAGGAGCCAAAGACCCGAACCGAGAAGCUGAUGGCCUUCCAGAAGAAGCUGCGCGCCAAGACGCCGCUGGGCAAGCUGGACGAGUUCUCGCGCCACCCCUACCAGGAGAAGGAGCCCCUCAAGCCCUGGCCCAACCAGACGAACCCCUACACGGGCGAGAUCGGCGGACCCGCCGGACCGGAGCCCACCCGGUACGGCGACUGGGAGCGCAAGGGCCGCGUCUCCGACUUCUAGUCCCCAAAGAGUUCCUUAGCUAGUUCUUAGGCUGUUAUUUAAAUGCUACCCAUUAAGACUUGACGAAAGUGCAUACUCGUGGAAAUCUAUUGUAUAGUGUACAAAAAUACAUAAUAGUUUUAGAGCUAAAA